AUGGUAACUUGCGAGGUUCGGAUGGGUCUCGGAACACGAGAACUGCCUGCAGAAGGUUCGGACAAUGGGGCCAAAGGUAAUAAAUUAACUGCCUUUCCAGAAGGUACCUCACAUAAUCCAGCAGUGUUUGACAUAUUGGAACCGGGACACGACAGCCUUGGAAUGAAUUGCUCAAACAUUGGCGACUACCUAGAUGUUGCAUCGGCUCAUGACCAGUGGAAGGAUAGCAAGACUUUGAUGAUGCCAGAGUGCAGGAUUGAGAACAGCUGGUCAUUAGACAUGGGUUUUGACCGAUUCCCAAUGAAAGACAGCUUUUUGGACAUGGGUUUCAAUUCACCUCCGGUUCAACGCGGUCAUCUGGAUUUGGACAUAGGUUUUCAUUCACCUCUGGUUCAACAUCGUGAUCCGGACCAGAUGUCAUUAGACAUGGGUUUUAAUUCACCUGUGGUUCAACAUGAUCAUCCAGAGCAGAGGCCUUCUGGCGUUGAUCCGGUUGAUAUUCCGGAUCAGUCAGUGGGUCUUCGAUCGGAAGAGACAUCUUUGGAUAUGGGCUUUGGGACAGAUCCAGCACAUGAUCUUGCCCAUCAUUUGAAUAUUCAACCGGAAGAGACACCUUUGGAGAUGGGAUUCGAGACACUGGAUCUGGUACAUGGUCUUCCAUAUCAGUCGUCCAUGGUUAGUGAACUGGAACCUAUGGGAUUUGUGAUUCAGCACACUGUAGGUGACUUGCACUUGGCAAUACACUGGUUGGAGAUGGAAAGAGCUCAUGGUACAAUGUCGCCGGAAGAAGCCCUUGUUAGCGAGGAAGUUCUUCAGGCCACUAUACAUUCAAUGAAAUGUGAUGAUUAUGCUCUUUGCAUGUAA